GUGAUAACAAAUUAUAUUCCUCCUCUUGUGUGUGGUUGUAACACUUUUUGUUGCUUGCAGUAGUGCAAAGAAUAAAGAUUAUGAGAAUGGAAGAUAGUGAUCAAGAUGGUGCAAGUGCCAGUGCUGCAAGCAGCAGCAGCAGCAGUAGUAGCUGGAGCUGGGAGGAGAACAAGCGGUUCGAGCUCGCGCUGGCGGCGGUCGACGAGCGGAGCCCUGACCGGUGGGCGGAGAUCGCGUCGAUGGUCGGAAGAGAGAAGAGCGCGGAGGACGCGCGGCGGCGGUAUGAGGCCCUGCUGGAGGAUCUCUGCAUCAUUGAAUCUGGUGCACUUGACUAUGAAUAUGUUGCAUGUUUAGGUGUUGGAGAAUCACUCUGUUGGAAUCAACAGUGGUUUGAUCCACUGAGCUUAUCUUCUUAAAGCAUUGCUCUGCAGCCGCAAAAAUUGAAGCUUCUGAAGUUUCAUCAGAGGCAGAUUGAUUUCUGAUCCUGUUGCAGAAACUAAGCAACUUGCUUGUUCUGAGAAAAGGGCUCGAAUAGCCGAUAAAAUCAACGAUUUAGUAUAGAAGUGAAUUUAAAUCUGACACUUUGUAUGAUAAACUGCUGCUUAUAACAAAAUUAGUGGGUGUUUUCGUCAGAAAUCGGUGUCUGAUCACUGAGAUCUCGUUCUCGCCCCUCCUAGAUAGCGAGGACGUCUAUCUUUUAUCCCCCACUUUAUUCUCCAACCAAACAUUGCCGAAUUAUAUAUAUUUAUUUUUUUUUUUAUC